AUGUCGUUGGCGCAAUACGAGAACCGCUUCACCGAGUUGUUACGCUAUGCUUCCCAGAUAAUUACCGAUGAGGUGAUUAAAAUGAGGCGAUUCACGGAGGAGUUGAGGAGUGGCAUUCGCUCAAAGAUGUGUUGUACUAUCAUCAGGACAUAUGCCAAGCUCGUUAAGAUGUCAAUACAGGUGGAACAGGAUGAGGAGCAAGAAAGUUGGGAUGACUGCCUCCCGUACGCCGAGUUCGCUUAUAACAAUAGCUUCCACGCUAGCAUCGUGUCCAAGGAAGGAAUAUCUGUGGAUCUCACCAAGGUGGCAGCCGUGCAAGAUUGGAAGCAGUUGAAUUCUAUUACAGAAGUGAGAAGUUUCCUCGGUCUCGCUGGCUAUUAUCGAAGAUUCAUUAGAGACUUUUCAAAAAUAACCCGGCCGCUAUCCCAGCUUACACGGAAGGACCUCAAAUUUGCAUGGAAUGAGAAGGCGAAGGCGCCCUUCCAAGAGUUGAAAGAUAAACUGACGUCAGCACCUGUACUCAUGUUACCUGAGCAGGGGGUCAAGUACACCAUCUAUACUGACGCCUCUUGUGUGGGCUUGGGUUGUGUACUCAUGCAAAAGGACAGGGCAAUUGCUUACGCAUCUCGACAUCUAAGGAAGCACGAGGAGAACUACCCUACCCAUGACCUCGAACUCGCAGCAGUAUAUGGAGACAUUAUCUCUAUGGACUUCAAGUUCGAUGUCACAUACUACCCUGGCAAGGCCAAUUUAGUGGCGGAUGCCUUGAGCCGCAAAAGGGCGCUCGAAUUUGCAGCCCCGCUAAUGGAGGGCGAUGAGCUAUUGGGAAAGAUGAGAGAAAGAACAAUGGAUGAUGUGGAGUCCGAGUGGAGAGUCGGCAUUGAUGGGGGAUUACGGUACCAAGGCCGCCUUUGUGUCCCAAAUCUUCAAGGACUACGAGAAGAAGUCCUAGAUGCCGCUCACAAUUCCAAGUUGGUGAUACAUCCUGAUAGUACCAAGAUGUAUCGGGAUCUGAGGCGAAACUAUUGGUGGGAUAACAUGAAGAAGGAAAUAGUGGAGUGGCGGCGAUGUGUAAUCUUGAGGAGAAAUCACACUGAUCUAGCCACUCAUUCAUCAAUGUUCAACCGUACAGAGGACAUAGGUGCAGGAGCUGAUGAGUAUGCGACAGACUUGGAGGGUGUGGCGAUCGAGGAGGAACUUUAUGAUGAGGGGCCGCAGCAGGAGGCGGCCGCCUAUUUUGGGCCGAAUCAGUAG